AUGGAUAACGCAGCGGGUGGAGGGCCACGAGGACCAGCCGGAAGACAUCGUUUAAGAUACGGCUCGCUGGCUCUAGGGGCUUUUCUGACUAUGCACUGCAGAGUCACAGCGUCAGCUCUUACUGGUGGAUUUUUUCUCUUCAUUCUCUUCUUGGUGACGGCCACAGCUGGGUUGGCGAAUCCUUUACGUCAUUUUGAGGUAUACCUCGGUCAGUGGAGUAUCAGCGGACCAGGCCGUGCGUUUCGCAUUCUGCCAAUACUCGACGAAUCGGUGUUAAUCCCACCCUCCAAUUUUGUUAAUAGACUCUGGUCCACCAAUCAAAACUUUCGUAAAAUUGCACUUCUACUUGGCCCCUAUUGUCAAGUUCUGGUACUUCUGCCACCUAGGAGAUUGCUCGUGGUCCACCUGGUCGAACCGUUUGUGCCCAUAGGCAUAGGUAUAGCAAUAUGUAUUAAUACUCUGGUGAGGGCUAUCAACUGCUGUACUAUAGCAGCAAUAUCAGCCAUUUACGUUGUUUAUUCAGUAUCCGAUUCGCAGUUACCAUUUACAUAUUGCAGGGAUUUCGAGUUAAAGCCUUACGACCCUAUUCUCAAGGAUAUUUCGAGUUUUACUCUAAGGGAGUCGAGAUUUUUACUAGCUACUGGAGACCUAAACGACGAUUACUACGAGAAAAGUAAUGAGGAACACACGAGUGCUUCGGACUAUGAUUGGAGAAACUUGUCCCUUUUUAGGUACAGAUAUCCAAAGGAUAUUGUUCGAAAGGAAACGUACCAGAUACAAAUGUGCAAGGAGGAAUAUCCCUCUGGAUAUCCAACGUUAUUUAGUACUCCAGCAUAUAAUUUCUUUUAUGUGGAGGUCGUGUCGUUUCGUUCAGAGUAUAGUUUUGGACAGUUCAACUUACCUCUAGUUCUAAGUAUUGUUGUAGUUUGGACCUUGUUAUGGCUGCUAUUGGUAUGUGAACGCAUUUCUCACGGAAGGCUCAUAUGGAACAAUAUGUAUACUUGGCUUCUAGCUGUUCCCUGGAUAUGGUCGUUGUUACUACUUGUAACUGCUUUUGUGCAUCUUGCUUCUAUGCCUAAAUCGUUGCGUAUCUAUCGUAUUGGCGUGAAGGAAAUAAUCGCAGGCAUUGCAGAUGCAUUGGAAAUCGCUCUGUACAUACAUUCUGCGAGCGCCGGAACCGAACUAAUUCACGGAAAAGGACUCAAUCAUUACGCAUCAGGACACAUUGACCCUCAUUUGAACGGUGAGAAUGUAUGGCACAGUGGUUUACUUCUGCUCCUCACUGGGUUAAAUUCAGGAGGCGCCGCUGUAUGUGCUCUCGUCGACUACAUACAGCCGAAUACCAAAGCUGUAUAUAAUAUGUAUGAGAGUUAG